CUGCUUGGGAAGUCGUUUGGUAAGGAGAAUGUCCAGCAACCCGGUAGCCGUAGUGACCGGAGCCAACAAAGGCAUUGGGUUUGCUAUUGUGCGGGCCCUGUGCAAGCAGUUUUCCGGAGAUGUGUACCUGACUGCCCGGGACACGGACCGGGGCAAGGCGGCAGUGGCGGAGCUGCAAGCAGAAGGGCUGAAGCCACUUUUCCAUCAGCUGGACAUUGGUGACUUGCAGAGUAUCCGAACCCUGCGUGACUUCCUGAAGGAGAAGUACGGAGGCUUGGAUGUGCUCGUCAACAACGCGGGGAUUGCUUUCAAAGUUGCAGAUACAACUCCAUUUGCUACACAAGCAGAAGUCACAAUGAAAACAAACUUUGUUGCAUUGAGGGAUGUCUGCAGAGAGUUGCUGCCACUACUGAAGCCUAAUGGCAGGGUUGUGAAUGUAUCCAGUGUCAUGAGUGUCCGAGCACUCUCCAGAUGCAGCCAAGACCUGCAGCAGAAGUUUCGCAGUGACACCAUUACAGAAGAGGAACUCGUUAAACUCAUGGAGAAAUUUGUGGACGACACCAAGAAAGGAGUGCAUGAGAAGGAGGGCUGGCCAAAUACUGCUUAUGGGGUAUCUAAAAUUGGAGUGACGGUCUUAUCCAGAAUUCAAGCAAGAUUACUGAAUGAGACGAGAAAGGCUGAUGGUAUUCUACUGAAUGCCUGUUGCCCUGGUUGGGUCAGGACUGAUAUGGCUGGUCCCAACGCCUCCAAAACCCCUGAUGAGGGAGCUGAGACUCCAGUUUAUUUAGCCCUGUUACCCCCUGGGGCUGAUAGCCCUCAUGGCCAAUUUGUUAGUGAAAAGAAAGUACAGCCAUGGUAACUGUGCCUUUAUUAAUUCUACGUGUGCACACUUGAGAUCUUAGA